UAAAUUUGUACAGGAUGACUGUACUGAAGUACAGGUCAUGUUAAAACUUGAUUUUGCUAAUGCUUUUAAUACGGUCCGCAGAGAUGUGAUGUUGAAGAAAGUGGCGGAAGUUCUUCCUCAAUAUUAUGCGUUUAUUUCCGCGGCAUACAGCGCUCCUUCGUCAUUGUUUUGUGGAGACCAAAUUAUUGCCUCUGCUCAUGGUAUCCAGCAAGGGGAUCCUCUUGGUCCGUUACUGUUUUGUUUGGUCUCAGCUAAUUUGUCCAGAGAAUUACAGUCAGCAUUAAAAAUCUGGUUUUUGGAUGACGGCACGUGCGGCGGGGUUCCGGAUACAGUAUUGGAAGAUUUCAUGACUGUAAUGGAUAAAGCACGCACACUUGGCUUGCAGCUUAACUUGUCCAAAUGUGAGCUGCGCGUUUUUGGUGGCACUGAAUCACAGCGGAAAGAAGUCAUUGAAAGUUUCCACUCUAUUUCACCUGAGAUUCAGCUGGUUUCGUCGGAGCAGUUGGAUCUCCUUGGUGCACCACUUACUGAUUUGGCAAUCGGGCGAGUGUUAGAUGGAAAGAUCGGUCAGAUACGACGUCUGACUGAUCUGCUCGGUGUGUUGCCAGCGCAUCAGUCAUUGUUCCUUUUGAAGAACAGUCUUUCGCUGCCGAGAUUGUUGUUUACUCUUAGGUGCGCCCCGUGUCGGAAGUGUCCGGAUAAGCUGCGCCAGUUUGACGAUACCGUGAGGAAAAAGGCGGAAGAAGUCACGAAUGUAGAAAUGUCCGAAACUGUGUGGCGACAAGCGGUUUUAUCUGAUCGCCUUGGAGGAAUCGGUCUUUGUAAGGCUGAGGACGUAGCGUUGCCCGCAUAUCUGUCUUCGUGUUACGCUACCGAUUCUCUGGUCAGUGAGAUUAUUCCGGACUCUGGUCAAAGCCUUAGAGAAAACGUGGUCAAGGUUUAUCAAGAGAAACUUGGAGAAGACCCACCGCCCAUGCAGAGCCGUCGAUUCCAGUCAGCGUGGACCGGUUUGAUGUACGACAAAAUGCGCCGUCUCUUAGUGGACAAUGCCGACGUUAUCGCUAAAGCUCGCUUGUUGGCCCUGUCUACAAAAGAGUCAUCUGCAUGGUUGUCGGCGCUGCCUGUGUCCAGUUUGGGAAACCUUCUAGAUGAUGUCAGUUUACGAGUAGCUGUGGCUUUGCGUUUAGGUGCUUUUAUUUGUAAUGAGCACAAGUGCCGUUGUGGCGAAAUGGUUGACAGGUACGGUCAUCAUGGCCUUUGCUGUAAGAAAAGUGCAGGACGGAUGCGGCGCCACAGCGCGCUUAACAACAUAAUACAACGGGCUUGCGGAUCUGCUAAAAUAUCCGCCAUCUUGGAACCUCCCGGACUUGAUAGGGAAACUGGAAAGCGACCAGAUGGCAUGACUCUGUAUCCCUGGCAAUAUGGAAAAUCUUUAGUGUGGGAUGUCACUGUAGCUGACACGCUAGCGGCAACAUAUAUCGGCCAAACUUCUGACCACCCUGGCGCUGCCGCGGAAGCCGCUGAGAUUCGAAAACUAGGGAAAUAUGAGAAGUUGACGGAUCGAUACAUUGUCCAGCCCUUUGCUUUCGAAACUAUGGGAUGCUGUGGACCAAGCACCAGUGGGUUUAUCUCGGAUCUGGCCAAACGUAUUCGGGAGCAGACUGGAGAAAGCCGUGCGAAACUGUUUUUGAUGCAGCGUUGCAGUUUAGAAAUACAACGGGGCAAUGCUGCCUGUGUUCGUGGUACAGUUGAGUGCAGUCGCAAUCUUGAUGAACUGUUUUUGGUUUUCUAG